AUGCUAGUCAGAGGUUCAUCUUCACCGGACCUCCCUAGGCAGAGAAGUUGUUUACCUUCCUACAGAAGACUUGCCAUCCUGAAACGGUCCGAAGGCGAAGGUGGAGAUUCGAUCUACUUAACAAUCGGGGACGCCUACCAAACCCAAACAAUACUAAAAAUACAAUCUUUUCUGCAUAACAUACAUCCUUGGUCUACUACACUAAUGUUUAAUUAA